ACGGAUUGGAGAAUGGCCCCGUGCUGAUCAUCAAUGUCGGUGAGAUCAUAUAUUAAUUACUGUCUAAAUCAAGAAAAACGGUACCUUUACAUAAUUUCAAAAUUUUAAACUCCUUAUUGUGUAAAGAACGAAAAUGUCAGGUUUGAAUGGUGAAUCUUCACGUAUUUUACAAAACUUUAUUGGUGGAGAAUAUGUUGACUCUAUUCAAACUCCGUGCAAGUACAUUCCUGUAACUACUCCACAUACUGGGGAAGUAAUUGCGCAAUGUCCAAUCUCGACCGCUGAAGAUGUUGAAAAAGCUGUUGAGGCUGCCAAGGAAGCCUAUAAAUCAUGGAGUGCUCGAACAGUCAAAGAUCGCGUUCAAACUUUAUUCCGUUUUCAUAACUUGUUACACACACAUAUUGACGAAUUGGCUGAUUUAAUUGUAUUGGAACAUGGAAAAAACAAAGCUGAAGCAAUCGCGAGUAUCGCUAAAGGAGCCGAAACUGUAGAAUACGCUACUUCGCUUCCUCAGUUGAUCCAAGGUAAAAUAUUAGAUGUCUCAAAAGGUGUAACUUGCAAUGAUACUCGUGUGCCUUUAGGUGUUGUUGCAUCUAUUGUGCCCUUUAACUUUCCAAUCAUGGUUCCCAUGUGGUCUUUACCAAUUGCUAUCGCUACGGGAAAUACAUUAAUCCUAAAACCAUCUGAAAAAGUCCCAUUAACUAUGUAUCGUAUUGUUUCGCUCUUGAAAGAAGCAGGUGUACCGGAUGGAGUAGUUAACCUUGUUAAUGGUACCGUUGAUGCUGUAAAUGCAAUCUGUGAUCAUCCUGAUAUCAAGGCAGUUACUUUUGUGGGAACUUCACAAGUGGCUAAUCUUGUUAUGGAGAGAUGUCACAAAUUGGGUAAAAGAGUUCUUGCAUUAGGUGGAGCUAAAAAUCACCUGAUUGCUUCGCCAGAUUGUAAUGUUGAAACAACUUCAACCGAUGUAGUAAAUUCGUUCUCUGGAUGUGCUGGUCAACGAUGUAUGGCAGCAUCAGUUCUCUUAAUUAUUGGAUCACAACCCGAAUUACUAGAACGUAUUACUGACAAAGCUAUGGCAUUGAAAUCAGGAUCUAAAUCUGGAGAGGUUGGACCUGUUAUCGAUAAAGCUUCACUUGAUAAAAUUACUAGUUAUAUUGAAGCUUCUGAACAUGGUGGAGCAAAUAUUCUUGUUGAUGGUCGUUCAUGGACUAAAAGCCAUACAAAAGGAUUUUGGAUUGGACCAACUGUUAUAUUCCAUAAAAAUAAAGAAGAUAAAGCUUUACAUGAUGAAAUCUUUGGUCCUGUUUUAAGUAUUUAUCAAUGUUCUAGUAAGGAAGAGGCAAUUGAGAUCGAGAAUAAUAAUCCAUAUGGUAAUGCUGCAUGUGUCUAUACAACAACGGGUGCCACAGCCGAAUGGUUUAUAAAACGAUUUAAUGCUGCAAUGUGCGGGGUUAAUAUUGGAGUACCUGUACCUAGGGAACCAUUUUCAUUUGGAGGAAUAAAUCGUUCUAAAUUUGGAAACUUUGUUGAUAUUACUGGAGACGGUGGUGUUGAGUUUUUCACUUGGAGACGUAAAGUUACUACUCGAUGGGGGCAAGAAAAUCUUGAUCCAAAAUUAAAAAUGUAAAAUAGUGGUUUAAUAAUUUAUUUCAAUGAGGACAUUUUAUAUUAAAUUAUAUACAAUGACAGAGACAGAAUUGUGUAUUUUUAAUAAUAAAUUGUAAAUUACUAUGUAUUCCGGUGAUGGUAUACCGGUAUAUUAUUAUAUCAACAUUUUGAGCAGGCCCAAUAUACAGUAUAUGGCAAGU